AUGUGUAUUAGAAAGUGUUUAUUAUUUCUAUUGUUCGCAUCAAUAAUAAAAGGCAAUGUUAUAGAACGGUUGGUAACAACAGCUUCAGUGCUCAAUGUCAAUCAGAUAAAUUCUUCUUUUGAACAAACUUUUAUUGAAAACGCUACGGAAACCAUCGUACCGCCAAGCAAUUCAUCGUCAAUAAUACCUGAAAAUGAAACUACAAAUGAUGCAGCGGCGCCAAUAUAUGAUAAUGCUUAUGCCGACAAGCUACAUCAAGCAUCAGAUAUAAAAACAGAAGAAUUUCAUUCGGGACCGCAGUAUGAAGCUAACUGGACAUUUACUGAUAAAGAAACUGUUCAUGCAGUAUUUUCUCUAUUUUCAUUAUCCGAGUCAAUAAAUGAAAAACGAAAGUCUUAUCUUAAUGAUAAUAGAGUAAAACUAUAUCCAACUAUGCUUUCUGUUCCAUCACGUACAAUUCAAUCAAUUUUUUUGUUAAAAUAUUUUCGUUUUACUAUACGACAAUACAAAACAGAUAUGAAAAAAGUCCUUCCAAUCGAACCAUUAAUGAUAAAACCACCACCACCAAGUAUUGGUGAAUUCUAUUCGAAUAAAUUAAUAUUACGUCGAUUAAAUCCAAAGGAAACAUAUUCUAUAUGUAUAUAUUAUUAUCAAUCAAAUGUAUCAAUACAAAUGCCAGAUCUAUUUAUAUGUCAAGAUUUAUUGCAUGAUCAUUCAAAAGCUCCAGAACGUGGUGUUAUAUUUAUUUUAACACAGUAUUCAAUAAUUAUUGGAUUUCUUGUUAUUUUGCAAACUUUAUUUUCUAUAAAAAAACGUCGUCUAGCACAUAUUCUUCAUCAGCAUUUAGUAAAUAAAGCACAAAAACUCCGUUCGACACUAUCAUCAGUCAGUCUUGUACGGCAAUCUUUGAAUUUGAGCGAUACAAUAGCUGACCAAAAACAUAUUAGAACGAAUGGCCAUGUAUAUCCGGAAAAGAAUAUACUUAAAAAACGCAUUAUAUCAUCUCCAGCUAUUGUUCUCAACGAACCAUCAAUACCAUUAAACAAGAGUAUUAAUAAUCCGGAUGAAAAUGAACCAUUUCUCAAAUUGGCAACUGGAAAAAAUCAUGUACAUUUUUUACUUGGUUUAGACGAAGAAUCUGAAAACGAUGAUGAUAAUGAAACUACACCAGAUGAUAUAACACUCAAUCCACCGCUAGCUUCAAGACUUAGUGAACCUUAUGGUGAUAACUGCGAUGCAAUACUAUCUAUGGCUCAUAUACUCGAGUCGAAUAAACCAUGGUCUAGACAAUCAUAA